AUGAAGUCUCCACUAUCCUUCGCUCAUCUGCUGCUCGUCGGCAGCCUGCUUGUCAGCCUAACGCUCGCUGAACGGCCAUCGCAUGUGCUCAAGGUGCGUCGCAGUGGCUACAUCAAUGAGCCCUCUGCUGCCCUGGCACGCUCCAAUGAUGCUGCUGCCGCUGCCGCCUUCGAGUUGGCCGGAGAUCAGGAUAAACUGAGCGUGGUGCCAGCUGGUGCUUCAGCCGCUGCUGCUGCAGGUGCAGCUGGUUCAGUGGGCGCUGCCAACGGUGGCAACAACAAGAAAGAUGCAUCCAGUGGCCGUCUCUUUCUGAAGAAGUUCCUCAUGUUCAAGAACAUGUUCGGCAGCAGCAGUCAACCGGUGAUCCCCAUCAUUAUCACAAAUCCUGGCACAUCCUCCGCCACGCCCACAUCACCCACCGUCACAGUGACCUCAACUGGCACGUUACCUUCGGCAACGGGCACAAUCACAGCCACACCCUCAUCCCCGACGAGCACUACACCCACCAGUCCCACCUCCACAUCGACCGCUCGUCAGUAUGGCGCUGAUGAUCAGGACGAUGAGCUGGCCAACGAUGAUGGCGCUGACGAUGGCAGCGAUGGCGCCGCUGCUGGUGGCAUUGCGAUGGCUGCCAACGCUGAGCUCCUCGAUGAGCAGGCCAUGCAGGCGGCUUUGGCGGCCGGUGCCCAGGAGUACGAGGUGUUCACCAACGGCGAUCAGGCGGACGAGAGCAAGGCCAGCCAGAGCAAUCGCAUCAAUUUGCGUCGCAAGGGCGGACGUCGCGGUCAGGGACAGAUGCUCAGUGUGCGCAUUCCGCCACGCUAUCGUCGCUACUUCAAGAACGGCCAGAAGGUGAUGCUCAACACAAAGAGCCGACCCAACAAGCGUCGUGUGGUGAGGAAGCGUGUCCAGAACAAGAACAAGCGCAUCAACAAUCGUCGUCGCGGUGGCAAGAACAAGAACAAGAAGGGCAAAGGCAAGGGCAAGAACAAGAACAAGAACAAGCGUACACGCAUUCCAGUUGCCUAA